GCUCCGCGCGCCGCCCUCACGGCUCCGCGCGCCGCCCUCACGGCUCCGCGCGCCGCCGCCCUCACGGCUCCGCUCCGCGCCCCGCAGGCCGGAUUGCGUAACGCGCCCGAGCUGCAGGAUUACGGCAUGCGGAUUAGGGAUUACCUUGGUUCAGCAGAUUGUCCUCUCCCUGUCUGAAAGAUUACACCAGCAGAGUUAAGAAUACCUGUUUGCUGUGAGCAAAGUGUAGCUGUGAGCCAACUCAAGAGGACGCCUUUGCGUGGGGACCUUGCUGUUACAUCCCAGUAUCACAGGGAACUGCCAGUUCAGAUUGUCUUCUAUGGACAGUACAGUUAAAAAGCUAGAGAAGCCACCCGAGGUCCCAUGAAAACCAGAACCAUCUACUUAUAAAGUGCUGUUGCCUCUGACCAAGAACAAAAAUUGUUGUUGGAAUAAUAUGCGAACAGAUCAUGAAGAACUCUGUGGCACCAGUUAUGGAUCUUUUUGCCUAAAUGGAGGGAUUUGUUAUAUGAUUCCUACUGUAUCCAGUCCAUUCUGCAGGUGUAUUGAGAAUUACACAGGAGCUCGUUGUGAGGAAGUUUUGCUGCCCAGCAUCAAAUCCCAAACAAAAGGUGACCUGUUUGCAGCUUUCUUGGCUUCCCUUCUUCUUCUAGGAGUUCUUGUAAUUGGAGCAUUCUACUUCCUUUGCAGGAAAGUUUAUAUUCCAAGGACAAAUUCUUCAGAGUAUGGUGCCAACCUUGUUGAAACUACAAGCAGCAAUGGCUGCAACAAAAUAACAACAGCCUAAAGAAUUAGAGUAGAAGAAUGGUGGAGAAAUAACAUGCAGAGCAACCCUAAGAAUCUAAGUUGUAGAAGGUGACAUGGUAAGCAAGAUGAGAGAAGAAAGUUGACUGAAACAGAAGGCUGACAUGUUGGAGAAGACUUCAUCUAAGACUUAAACAGUUGCACUUACUGGAGUUUCUAUGUACUUUUAAAACUGUAUCAAUUAUACAGAAAUCACUAUAAUUUAUGUUUGAAUUCUGUGAGAUUUUUUUAUGGUUUUCAAUAAUGCACAGGUAGAUGCACGGGAUAAUUUUGGGUUUUACUACAUAGGAAAUAAAUAAAAUACAAUAUUUAUUUUACUGCACAGAGAAUGAGAUAUCACAGGAUUUUAGCGUGAGAUGAUACUAUGAAUUUUUGAUAGUGGUUUUUAAUUUUUCACAGGAUUUCACCAGAGGAGCUGAAGCCUGUCUUGAUUCAAUAGUUUCAAAAUUGAUAUUUGUGAUACAUGUCCAGAAUUUGGCUUGUUUCAGACCUUUACCAGAUGUAGGGGAAAACCCCCUGUCUUUCUCCCAGCUAAUACUUUUCUUUUUUUUUUUUUUUUUUUUUUUAAUAUUGUAACACAAGAUCAGCACGAGGUACCAUUGGUAGUUUAUUGCCCAGGUUCCUGGCACACAAUUUUUAUUCAAAUAAAGGGAAAUAUUAAGAAAAGAGAUUGAUAAUGGUUUAAAAAGUUUUUUAGGCAGAGUAUGGUGCACAUUCCUAAUACUAAGCGAGACAUCUUCCUUCAUAGUUUUUAAUUUUGGCUGGCUUUCUUCUGAAAAUCUCACUACUGAGGGAAAUUCAAACUUUACCUUGAAUGUUCCAGUUGAUAUUUCAGAUAGCAGAGAUCAGGAAUUUUAUUUGUCAGGUCAAUUUCUGACACAAAAUAUUAUCCAGACAGGUAUCUUGGCUGAAAAAAUGCUGUCCUCUCCAAAGAUUUUUUUUUUUUAUUCACAUAAGCAUCUGCUGAUCACACUGAUUAUAUGCCACACUUUGGUCCAUUAAAGGAUUCUCUUACUCAGACAAAGAGAGGCCAUCUACCAUGCUCCAUGUCUUUUUUUUUUUUUUUUUUUUUUCCUUCAAAACACAAAGAGGAUGCCUGGUUAGUCAGAGGCAUGGAAAAUAUGAACUGAACAAUUUUUUUUUUCAACUUAUUUCUAGCACUGGCGGCAGAAACCAGCAAAAAAUCAAGAUAUGUUUCCAUAGUGGCACAUUAUCAAGGAGGUGAUUAUAUGGGAUUUGUAAGUUUUUAUUGAAGGGAAGAUUAACUGAGGAAAUUAAUGAAUUAAAAGGUGAGAAAAUUCAGAACAGAGAUUUCUUAUCUCCAAAAGAAACAAUCUAAAGAUUUAUAAAAACAUAGGUGCAGAGAAAAUGUUGAAUAAACUCCUAUUUCUAGGAUGUCUACUACAUGCUCUAGUGUCAGAAAAAGCAGUGUAUAAUUUAUAUCAAUGUAGAAAAAAGCACAGUGGGAGAGGGAAGAAAAGGCACUUGGGUACAGUGCGUACGGUGAGAAGUCAAAGAGAAAUUAUGUUACAAUGGUUACUAGAACACAAACCAGAAUAAUUCAUUACCUUCUGAAAACUCCUGUCAGAGAGGUCAGAGUCCAAGUUAGUGCUUAGCAGUGAAAGGAGAAUCUGAGGGCACCAAGUCAGGUAGAGGACCUGAUCCAGAGAUAAGUUAUAUAAAGCUCUAGGAGAUCACUUUCUCCCCAAAUUAAGCAAUCAUUACAUGUUAUUUUCUGGACUUCAAAUCUUCAGCAGAUAAGCUGAAGGAAACUGAUAAUAUUGUUGUAAAGGCUAGGAAAUAUAGAAGUUAUUUUUCAUUACAUAGGGACAGGCCGCUGUUGUACAGAGUUCAAGAUCUGCGUAGCAGCAAUGACAGCUACAUCAGAAUCAGCAUUUCCUGAAGGACUUUGCACAGAUCAGUUAAAAUUUAUCAGAGAUGACACCUGGUAGAUCACUUUGCUGUGUUAUUGAUCAUAAGACAGUCAGGUUCACAGUUUGGUAUACUGUAUCCACUGAAGAAGGAAAAGGCUUUUGAUCAUCCUAAGUGGCAAUUCAGGAAGGAGAUAUUAAUAGAAGAUACAAGAAAUAAAUAGACUGUCUAAGCUCUCAGAAUCAUGUCAGCUUUCUAGACAUACAUGGAAUAAUUACUCAUUGUUACUGAGCUUGUGUGCACUAUUUGGGAAACAAAGUUUCCCCACUACAAAAAGUGGGGCUGAAUAAACUGACCCCAUGUUUAAAGGCGAACAAGCUGAUUUAGGAAUCACUGUUAUUUGUGAAGGAAAUGCUAUUAGCAAUUCCGACCGCCUCGAACCCAUUGCACCCAAGAACAUUUCAGCUUCUAAAAUUAUUUCAAUUCACAAACUUUGUGACUAUGAUGUUCAAAUCAAAAUGUCAUCAGGCUACAGAUUAAUUUUCAGGUGGUCAAAUGUCACCGAAAGUACAGGGUAGCAUUAUAUAUAUUUUAAUAAAACAGUGCAACACUCUUUAGCAAUGAUUGUUUACAAAAUUAAUGAAGUAGUUCUGUGAGCAAUUAAGGAAACACCAGUUCCAAAGGAUCAGAUCUUGUGGUUGGAGUCAUUGGAAUCUUAACAAUUAUUAUAUGUUUAUGAAAGGGUGAGUAAUAAGGGCUCUCUCCUGUCUGACUCCCAUUUUCAUGAAAGAGAAGAUCUCAUAUCUUUGAAAUUACCUCUCCACUAGCUGAAAGGUUAUGUAGGGAAGAAACUGGAAAAGACUAAUUUCCUAAGAAACUCCAUUACUGUUGAGUACACAACAAUCUAUUAGAGUGUUAUGUCAAAAAUUCUUUUAUGCUUGGGGAUCAUGUUAUCCUACCAGAACCUUGUAGUAAAAGUCUCUUCAUAAUGUAUUCCAAAAACCUUUUAAUCACUUGCAGAACUGACAGCCAUUAGCAGGAAAUCUAUUUAUAGACCUAUAAGUUAUAUAUAUGCUUAUAUGUUACUUAAUAUAAAUUUGUUUUUCAUUAGCAGCCCAAACAAACACUGGAGCAAAGUGCAGUUAAAGUUACAGUUAAAGAAAGUCAAAUGGCUUUUCAAAGAAAAUGAGGAUUUCUCUGUGCCACAUAGUCUUGUGUUUGAUAAUGGUAACAUCAGGCAGAAAAACCAACAGAAGUCCAUUUGGUAGCACUCCCCAUUUUAAAGAUAAUGUCAAUGUUGUACAGCUCCUUCAAAAUUUACUGCACUAAAAGAAAACAUUUUCCUUCUGGCCCUGAAUUUCUGAAGAGCUGUAGAGAGACUCUUGAUUGUGUAACUCAGUUAUUUGAAAUUGGAAAGCCAGGAAGAAAUGCGGGCUAGAAUUUCUCACAGCAGAAAUUGUCGUUAUUCUGAGUCAGUUCCCUGCUUGUGCUUAUCCAAGUCUGUUCCUGCUCUCCUGGUGACUGUAACACAAUCUGUAUGUAAGGCAAGAGAUCCAUUUCAUGAUAGCAGAGCAGGCAAUACAAACCCUGUGAAAUAGGAACAGUCACUGAUACUCCACUAAACCUUUCAGCAGGAACCAUUUCUAGAGCUGCAGAACCUGAAAUAACAGAAGAUACUGCUGGUUUUGGUCCCCAAAUUAAAGCCACAACCAAUUUUUAAUACUUUUUAAUGCAUCUCUGUGUGAGUUUCUGUACCAUUUGAAAACUUUUUUCUGUGCAUAUUAAAAAGAGACUGUUUUCAAAUUAUCCUCUCAAUGCCAAGUAUUAUUUAAUCUAAAACUUCUGUGCAGGCCAACAAUGGGCUGUAAAAAUCUGGGUGAGCUUCCACAGAUGGUGUUUUUUAGAGGGCUGGAUCACUUGAAUCUAUGUUGUACAUUCUCCAUCACAGAGUUCGCUGCCAUUCAGAUAUUUUCACCAGUUCUGAAGAUUCUAGGAGAGUUGCUCUUUUGAGAGGAUUAUUGCCAUAUUGACAACUCAGCUAAGAUGCAUUUAUUAAAAAAAAAAGCUGUUUCUAACUCUUAUAGCUGUGAAAAUUUAUCAUGGGAGGGUGACAAGACCUGCCACUGAAUCAGUGAUGUGAAUCUCUGAAACAUUUCUUUUCAGAAUUUUAAGCUACCUGCUCAGGGAAAAUAUACCAGUGAGAUGUAAUGAUGAAAAUUUACACAUUGUAUUUCAAAAGCAUUUAGAAACACAUAUGCCAAUGUGGGAAUAUUUUUUUUUCCCAUCUAAAUUAUCAAAACACUUGGAAAAAAAAGUCAAAUUAGCUAUUUCUCUGCUGAUAAUUCUAAGUAUCCAGGUGAUACCACUUCCAAAUAAUCCAAACCUCUCUUAGGCAUUUCCUUUGAGUUUUCAAUUUUUCACUGUAGCUGUAUGCUCUCUUUAGAAUAAUACCCCACACUGUCCUGAAAUGGUGGUAGGAAUGAAAAAAUCAAUUAAAUGGCCCUACAAAUGUUUAAACUGGUAUUUGUUUGACCUAAACCUGUAGUACAGGACCAAUGCACACCAGCAGCAGAAAUAAGCUUGGUUUACCUCGCUGCACACCUUGGAGCCUACAGUUCAGAAUCCCCUCAAGGCUGAUCUGGAGUCCUGCUGAAAGUCCUGAAGCUGAGAAAUGGACUUAGCAACAGGAAAAACUGCAGAUGAUAAUAAGCCUCAAACAACUGUGUUACCUGCAAUUGUGUGCAGAACAUACAACUGCUUUAUAUUAAGAUUAAAUGGAUUUUAGAGAUCCACCAGAGAUUCAUAAAGUAAAAAAAAUCUUCUCCACCAUGAAAUCAUGAAAAAUAAUCUUACAGUGGAGGAAAUAAUUACUUUCUUAAUGUUUGCUCAGUGCUCAGAAACUAUAAGAGAUCCUAUAACAGACCACUUAACUGUACACUUAAGAUCUUUGUAACUUCUACUUAUGCAAACUUCUAUACUUCAAAUGUUAUUUUUCUGUAUCAUUCUGUUGAGUAAAACAGAAGCAUGUAUCUGAA